CUCCAAUUUUUCACAGGCCUUCACUCAGACAUGUCCUUCUCAUCCUUGGACAACACAUCAUCGUCUUCGCCCCAAUCGGUUGACGCCGGUUUGGGUCCAUCGGCGGGCCCUUCGCCACACACGAGUGGUCCCGUGGGAAUCAACGGUCGGGAGCCAGAGAAGUUCCACCGAGGAAUGCUGUCGUCUGCGGCAGAUGAACUGGUUCACAUCAUCAUGAACAUGGACGCCAUGCAGUUCAAGACCAUGUUCGAGCAGACUCGCUCGAUGCUAAUCGAUCAGGAGGAAGAUAUGAAAAAGAAGUCCGAUCGGAUCAUGCAGCUGGAGAGCAAGCUGUCUGUGCAGGACAUUGAACUGCAGAGUGCAAUCGAGGAGCGCAACCAAGCUCGAAACGAUGCGUCGGACUCGACCAUGGCACAGGAUGAAACGGUGGUUCAAGCUCGUAAAGAUCGGGACGCUGCAAUCGAACGGAGAACCAAGGCCGAGGUUGAAUUGGCGAAGAACCGGGUAGAGCUUAUGCAGGCCAACAGCCAACUGCUGGAGGCCAUCCAGCAGAAGGUGGAACUGCUGCAGCAGCUCGAGCAGUGGCAGAUCGACAUGCACGAGCUGAUCGAAGAGCAGAUGAAGAAUAAGCUUAACAAUGAAACAAGUACAAAACCGCAAACGCCUCAGCGUUCAUCGUCACAGCAGACCGGCGCUUCCGGGUCUGCCGGUUCGUCGGCCAGCAACCGCAAGAGCCGCCUUCUAGAUCUGUUCUAUCAUCGAUGAGGAGAAGCCCGAACUGUACGAACUAAGCGAAAAACAAUUGAUCAGUCCUCAAAUAAGAGAAGCUACUCGGUGGCAGGCCAUACGGCUAAGCUGAGGAAGCGGCUCACAUUGCAUUUAUAUUCAAAAUCUAACCUAUUGUAACUGUCUUGGGUCGCUUCCACUGUUUUGAAUAUCAAACGUUUUAACAGCUCUCCGUUUCCGAGGUACCGUCGGUAGCUUCAGGGCCUGAAUGGGGACCAUGUGAUAGUGAACUGAUCAACGUUUCUACUGACUAUUGAUUUUUUUUAUAAGUGGUCUACCAAAAAUCAAAUCUGGGACCUUAAGACAACAGUAUUUUUGUAUGGAGAACUAUAGUGAAAAUCGUUUUUUAACAGUCAGAACUUUUCAAAAUAACCGAAAGCAAAUUAAAGAACAUAUCUUUUAUAUUCUGCAUCGCAGUUUACUUACAUAAUAAUAACAAUUGGCAACCCACAGACCUUUAUUGAACCUUAACGAAGCGGAAACGAUUUAAUAAUUUAAAGAACGUGUAAUUUAUGUAGCUAAAGUUAACAUUUUACAGCCCGGUGUAACCAAAAAUUUGUAACGUGAGAAUUGGAUUAUUGAAGCGUACUUACUGUAAUGAUAAUUUAAAUAACGAAUAACAUCAAAACUAACAUAAACCAUUGUGUGUACCAUCUGUGUAUGAGUGUAUUGUUCCUUUUUUUCUCGCUCUAAUCGGCAUAAACGAUGCGAUGUUCUCUCUUGUUCUGACUGCAGGACGAUCCUGCCAGGAAGUGAUCUACAGGGACAGCGUUAGAACGAGAGGGUUGUGAUACUUAUUUGCAAACUCAAACACCCUGAAACGGAUGGGCACCUUUGUACUAUUAUAUAAUAGCGCUCUAUUAAUUAAUCUGAUACCGCACUAGAGAAGAUUACUCGAAAAGAUGAGCUGAGUGAUAAAACGAAUGCCUUUUUAUCGAAACAACAGAAUCAAAAUUUUGAUGCGUAAAAACAUGAAAAUGGUAUAAAUGAACAAGAUAUGCAUGAGUUAUGUAAAUAUAUGAUUAAAUCUGUUGGAAAAUUUCUUAUUGAUGAAAAUACUUUGUUCACGUACCAUUUGAUCAAACCACGAUAGGGAUCUAAUCAUCAUUAGUUCAAUUAAAAUCUGAAAAGAUCGACCACUGAAGUUGGAUUUUUCAUUCGUAACAUGCGUUCAGCCUAACUUCGAAAGUAGAAUGUUGUAGCAUUGGAUAAUAAUUCUUCUCCCCUAGUUGAUUUUUUCUGAUAUUAAUUGAGUUGAGUAUAUUAUGAUUGCAGUUGAUAAUGUUGUGCGAAUUCUAUUGAAAGGAA